AUGGACCAAUUUACGAAAGGAAUAUGCUCCGAUAUGUGUCCUCGAGCAGAGAUAGACUUACGCAUUCGUGAACGAAUGGUGCACUUCUUCGAGACCGACCCCGAUGCGGGUCGACCCGGCGUUCCGGACCGGUACCGAAUGGUGAAAGAGUUUACACGAUCUGCGGCCGGCGUGCGACAGCCAAAACCCUCGGACAUCCGUACACCAAGAACCCUGCUGGAAACCGUGCACUAUCUGCUCACUUUUGUGCUUCCGGACAGCCGUCGUCCGUACUACGAGCGGUAUGAGUUCAUUUUCGAUCGAAUGCGAGCCGUACGGCAGGAAAUGGUCAUACAGAACUUGCCACCCAGCGAAGUACUGCCUAUCCUGGAACCGAUCGUACGUUUCCUGUGCUACAGUGCCUACCGCCUAUGUGAAGCGCCAAUCCGGGAGUUCGACCCGAAAAUAUGUGGCCAGCAUUUGCAGGAAUGUCUGAAAAAGGUACUCCGUUGCUACGAGGAAGUAGAUACCGCACUGUUGGCAGACAACAAUCGGUACGAAAUGGAGCGACUUUAUCUGUCGUUCAACAUCGGUAGCCCCGAGGCCACUCAGUGGGCCAUCGAUCGCUACCGUACGGUGCAUCCCGCCCUGAACCUUCACGUAGCCGUCCAGUUGGACUGUCUGCGUGGGAACUACUACGCCGCGAUGCAACGGGCGGCACAGUUUGCACCCCUCGAAGCUGCCAUCGCAUCCCUGCAGCUUCCGGCGUUCCGUCGCAAGCUGCUACAACAAUUUUCCGUCGCGUACCAGAGCCGCGUUCAGACGGUGCCACUUGAAUGGCUCGAAACGGUGCUGCAGUACGACGGCCGAGAGUGCUUCCUGCUGGCCGAUGACUGCCGCCACUACAACCUUCAGGUAGUGUCGGUUCCGGCCAUGCAGGGAGCCUCCGAUGACAACGGCGAACCAGUCAACCGACGCCAAGGCUGGGCAGUGAAAUUCGAGAAGUCUCAGUUUGAUGCUCAACGAUCCGUGAUUCCAUCCCGAAAAGUGCUCUCGGUAGACCGCGCGUUGGACAGUUAACCAUCACUCACGGAUGCCUGUUAAAACAUUAAUGAGCAUGCCAAGCCACGACACGGCACAGUGGCACGAUAAAUAAUCUAUGACUGGUUCUGUCGUCGCUUUGAUGAAAAAAACGAACUCCUCCCGCACGAAAAGAAGCUUGAAUGUGCCCGCCUAAUUAAAAGCGUGUCUGUGGCACGUGAUUCAACGGAAAGGGGGAUCAUAUAAAUUCCGGCUUAAAGCAAAGGCUCUCUCCCGGAGGACUCCUCAAGCCGCGAGCCGCGAGCGACAAAAACAAAAACCGCGAAGAAAUGUCGGCCAAGGUGGUAACCAUCGUGGUGUUGGUGCUGCUGCUGUACGAAAAGGCUGUUCUGACAGCCAGCGGUCGGCCAAGCUUCGCCAGCAUGGUGGAGGAUCAGCCAGGUACCCUUGGCCAGGCGGCAACGCUGCUGCUGGAAAGCGGCACCGUCGCGGCUCAGCAAAACGAACUAGAUACACCACCGUUGAAGGCAGUCAUGGAGCACGCCGAGAGGAACGCUUUAGAGGCUUCGGCCAAUGGCAAUAACGCCACGCAGCAGC